GUGGCGACCUCUUUGAGCAGAUUACUCUGGUGUUUUCACAACGUCCGAUUUAUUUGCAACGACCACUACACACGCCCCGGGAGACUGUGGGACACCAAGCACUCAACGGUUGAAGGAAUAUCAUUGCAGAACUUCUCCGUUUGAGAAACAUCGACCUCUGCGUCCAUGGUAAAUGCGCGCCGCUUUUCUGCAGCUGAAGGAGCUAGCUGUUUUGCUAUGCGAGCAACCUGCUACCUUACCUCGACGAGAUCUAUGGAAACAGUUCUCGACCCACGUAUACCAUACCCUUCCCGAGCACGAAGAGCCGCCCUCUCCUGCCUGUCGUCUCUCCACAACUUCGUCACGGAACAGCCUGUUCUUCACCCACAAUGCCGCCAUGCUCGCACUCAUUCCAAACCGGAAAAUCCGACGUUCUAUCACUCGAGUGUUAAGGCAUUCUCUUUAUGUGACAACAGUCAAAGAAGUGAAACACGACCGAGUCAGCGACGGCACCUCUCAACCAUGCCCACACCUCGGUCACGUUCUUCAUCCUCCCCUUCCCGAGGUUCGAGUCCGAUCUCGACGCUCGCCACGUGCUCUCCUUCAACUUCGUCCUUCACACCUUGCUCGUUUCACCUCCGACGCUCGACACCUAGCAGCAGCCAACGACUCAGAAGACCACAACAACGAAAGGCCUGUUGGGGACGAGCGCAGUGCGUCCGAGAUUCUCGUCCCAGAAAAUCAGGACAAUGUAUUCAAGCCCGACGAAAUUUUCGUCCAAGACGGGCAGGAAGAAAAAUCUGUUUCUCAGGCGGACCCUCCCGAUGGCAUUGGGGUGCAUUCACCACUCGACCCUCCGACGUCGAAUCCGCCAAGGACAGAUGAAACGGAUCACCUGGACAUAUCAGAUGAUCUUAGCGACACACUCAACGAAACCUCUUUGAAACUCACGUCCCCCGAAGCACCAGAUAUCAGUGCUCCGGAUGUUAUUCCAGACUUCUACGAGAUCAUUCGACCGCACCUGGUCGCCCCAUCCCAGUUGCCGUCCAACGCUCCUGAGGAACUUCGAGUAUGGCUAGAUGAGAUGAGAGAAGCGGCUAACAAAGAUGUGCGAUCUCGCGCUCAUGCCCAAGUGAAUGGUCCACGGCCGGGACAACGGGCAGACAUGGUCGAGCACAAAUAUCCAAGGUUGGCAAAAGACUCUGCCUCUCUUUGGCUGGUUUGGGACCGUGCAAUCCGAAGUCCGUGGAAAGACGCCAUAUCAAUCCAACACGAAUUCGCCUUAGCGCAAUGUCUCCUUGGGAACCGCCCCAAAGAAGAUACCGUCGACGCGCGAAAUCUUCGUGGAUCACGCCUCAAGCAACUUCUUGAUCACAUUGAGGAGAGAGCUGGAGCUUCACCCGAACUCACGCAACCGGGGUCUACUCAACUCCUUUUCCAGAGUCUGCGAGUCUACCAGUUUGACUUGUUAGACGACUGGCAGUCCGUGCAAUCGAGCCUGCGAGAAUUGCUUACCCCCAAUGCCGAACCGUUGGACGCCAGAACUCUCGAUCUUCGACUGGUUAAUCUCAUUCGGUUGAUUCUAAAAGACGCCCUUCAAUAUGACGGCCCAAUGCGUGUGCUGGAUCUGGCACUUGACAACUUCGCCACCGUAGAGACCCCCUUAUUAUAUUGGACUGACGAAUCUGCGCGUAGGGUGCGUAGAUGGGGUUUUCAAGCUUAUCGCGUACUGGAAACGGUCGAGCAAGCUGUGGCCACAAUCAAACGACCGCUCGAAUUUCUGGAAGAUAAGGAACGAAUAUGGGACCAACAAAGGCUGAGACGCGCGGCUCGUCUCUUCCUUGCUCUUCAGAUCAGACAGCGCGAGCCGGAACUCGCAUACGCCGUGUACCUCUAUCAGCGCAGAAAAGAACUCCCCAUACCGUGGAAACUCCUGUCUUACCUCACGAGAUUACUCGCCAAGCGAGAAGCAUAUGCGGAGGCAGAAGACGUCUUCCAACGUUUGGUCGAGGUCGUGAAUCAAACACAUGGGCGUUACAUGGAUAAGAUUGUCUCUGUUGCAAGAGCUGGUCUUGGUCUGGCAGCUCAUAAGGGUGACGUAGAAGCUGCUGAACUGUACUUUCGUCGACUGGAAGAUAUCUAUCGCGAGGACCAUCAUCGAAAGCCAAGGCCUCCAAAUGACCCACCUCGAUCGAUACAGACGCCCGAUGAACGCGAGAUGACACUUCUCUUGCACGCAUACGCAGUUGCGGGUCGGCUCGAUGAUCUUCUCAAUGUUUUUGCACGCCUGUUUCCCUCCGACAACUCAAAGGCUAGUCAGAAGCCUGUGAAGCCAAAUAUCUUCCACUACGCAUCGAUAAUAAUGGCGUAUUCCCGUCAAGGCGAUUUAGAAUCCACGAACCGAUGGCUCGCAACAAUGGCAGGACAGGGCAUCCAACCAAACGUUUAUAUUUACAACAUCAUCUUACACGAAUUCGCACUUCGAGGGGACGUGGACUCAGUAAGGUCUGUACUGGCGCAGAUGAGCAAAGCAAGGACACGUCGGGACCAUGUAACCUACGUCCAUGUGAUCGGCAUGUAUGGGAGGCUGCGAGAUCCGGUCAACGCGGAAAAGGCCUUCAAACACGCCUUAAAACAUGGCAUUCGUCCGUCACGCCAGCUUUUCGAGCAACUGGUGAAUGUCCAUGUAGAAGCCGCGUCGUGGCCUGGUGUUAUUCGAGUCUUUGACUACGUAAUGAACUUGCCAUAUCGAACCCUUCGAUUAUCAAUCAGUCUUUGCAACAUUCUUCUGAAGGCAUACGUUGUCAUCGGUGCUCCUCACUAUACGGUUCGCGGUGUCUUUUCUAGAAUGACCGAAUUUGGUGCAACUCCGAACGCUUCAACAUACUCUCUGGUGAUUCAAUCAGCCAUUGACUCGGGACGAAUGUCUGAAGCCAAGAGCCUGUUCUUACAAAUGCAGUCUUUCCUCAACCUGGAGCCAUCAAGCCCUGUUAAUGUGUACCCCCUUUCCAUGUUGGUAGCUGGGCACUUGCGACGAGGCGAGCACGACGCGGCCAGAGCACAUUACAAUGAGAUGAUUGAAAACGACAUCCAACCUUCGACCAAGACUUUCGCCGCCAUUAUCCGAUCACACGCCACGGCCGACAACGCAGACGGCUUACGAAUAGCCGAGGACUUCCUGAAACAGGUUUUGGAGAAUCCUGGGACACGAACCAGAUAUUCGCAGCCUCGAGUUCCGGCAGAUACAAUGCAGUAUCUCUUCGUGCCUCUGCUCUUGGCCCACGCCCUCAAGUCCUCAAGUAGUGAGACUGAGCGAGUUUAUGCGGAGUUUCUGGAACAGGGCGGGUCGUCGAGCAUCUCGACGCUGUCCAUUCUUUUGCUCUCGUACAGUCGUGCUGGGGAUAUUGAUGCAGUUGUCCAAGUAUGGGAAGAGGUUCACAAACUUGGUCUCUCACUCGUCAGUCACAAGUCGGUGUUUCCGGAUAGCCCAGACACUGAGGACCAAGAAGUGGGUGGCUCCCAUGCAAGUUGGUUAUCGUAUGCCUUGUCAGUGUACAUCGAUGCGCUUUCAACCGCCGGCAAGCACAACGAAAUUGCCGAGACAUUGGCCAGCAUCCGUGCUGAAGGCUUCGCAUUCGAUGCCAACAACUGGAACCAUAUUGCGGUAGCCAUGAUGCGGGCAGGGGAACCAGAACAUGCAUUUGAAGUACUGGAAAAAGUUAUUUUGCGUUAUCAGGGCGAAAGUGAGCGGCUAAUGCGAGAAAGAAAUAUGCAUCCAGCUUCACCAUUUAUCUUCGACGGGCCCAAAGACCCUGAAGAACUAGAAAGGCUGGACCAUCGCACUUCUGGGGCCAAAGAACGAAGAAUUGUCGUCAAGACGACCGAACGCCGCGUGCCUUUUCCCGGUCACGACAUCAAGGGAGAACAGCAGAUGCAGUCAGUCGAGGAUCUUAUCCACUCUUUGCACAUUCUCCACCAAGUUUCACCCGCGUGGCACCUAUGGAAGCCUUUUCCUUACCUGCUGAGGGUUCUAGGAAAGUUCUUGACCAGAGACGACGAGGAUGAUAGUGUUAACCUCGGACUGUCUGCUGGAGGUGCUAGCGACGAACUGAUGCAACGGAUUUACACAACUUAUCCAGGUGCAGUCGCUGCUGUAGUAUCUAACCAGCACAAACUCGACCGAAAACGGUCCAUCCCAACAGUUGAUCGCAAUGUAUAG